AUGGACACUGAGCACGAAUAUCCCUUCCUCGAGGAGGUCUUUACACCUCCCUCGCCCCCCAAGAUCGACCUCAUCUUCGUCCACGGCCUCAACCCCCGCGGUCGAAAUGACCACCCCUUCGACACUUGGCGCCAUCAGAACGGCACCUUCUGGCCGCGGGAUCUCCUGCCCGAGGAUAUCCCGCACUCGCGCGUCUUCGUGUACGGCUACAACUCGAAUGUGACCAACGCGCAGGUCAUGUCGACGGCGAGCGUCAAAGAUCAUGCGAACACGCUGCUGAAUCUGUUGGACAUGGAGCGGGACCCGCAAAUCAAUACGCGCCCUCCAAAGAUCAUCUUCAUCGGACACAGUCUGGGCGGAUUGGUGAUCAAACAGGCGCUGUUGAACGCACACGAAGACCCCAAGUACACGGCCAUCCGGCUGGCGACGUGUGGGCUGGUCUUCUUCGGGACACCGCACCGCGGCGCCAAGGGCGUCGAGGUGGGCAAGAUCGCGGCCAAGGUGGCGCGGUUCGUGUCGAGCGGACACGCGAGCAACGAGCUGCUGAACAGCCUGGAGUACGACUCGCUGUUCACGCGGCAGAUGUCCAAUCGGUUCAGCCACCAGCUGGAGGACUACCGGGUGGUGAGUUUCGUGGAGGGCAAGGAGGUGCUGUUGGCCGGUGCGGGGCCCGCGUCCGUCAGCCACUUGGUGGUAGAGGAGGAAUCGGCCGUCCUAGGCCUGCCUGGUAACCGCGAGACGCGGCUGAAGCUCGACGCCGACCACUCGCAGAUGUGCAAGGUCGGGUCGCGCGGCCCCAUGUACAAGCUCAUCCAGGGCAACAUCAAGCAGAUCGCCAACCAGGUCCUCGUCGCGGAGCAAGGGUACAUCCCGCAGCCGUCGCCGUCGCCGCACCCGGGCGGAGCGCCGCCGCCGCUGCCGCCACGCAUGCACACGAACAGCAGCUCCCCGUACCCGCCGACGCCGCAGCCGACCAACGGGCCGCGGAUCGUGGGCACGCUCUACGCGGCGGGGGACAGCGACCCGCGCUCGAAGCAGGCGGCCGAGUACAAGAAUCAGGGCCGAUGGGACCAGGCGCGCAACGUGGAAUACGCGAUCUUCCAGGAACAUCUGCGCACGCUGGGGCCGGACCACCUCACCACGCUGGUGAUCGGGUACCACCUGGCGGAGAUCGACGUGGAGGACGCGCAGCUGGCCAAGGCGACGGAGUGGUGCCGGUGGGUAUCGGAGCAGAGCCAGCGCACGCUCGGGGCGCGGCACGCGCUGACGAUGCGAGCGGAGUCGCUGAUGGGCGAGAUCCUGUGCGCGCGCGGACGGUUCCAGGAGGCCGAAUCGGUGGAGGCCAACGUGCUGGCGCGGCAGCAGAUGGCCCUGGGCGAGGACGACCUGGACACGCUGGACACGCGGCGGCGGCUGAGCGGGGCAUACAGCAACCUGGGCCAGGAGAGCAGCGCGAUGAGCCAGGCGGACCGGCGCACGGCGGCGCUGCAGCGCGUGCUGGGCGCCAACCACAUCCGCGUGCUGUGCUCGGUGCUGGACGGCAUCGAGGUGCUGAUCACGGCGCGCACGCAGGACGGCGAGAAGCUGCUGACCAUGCGGUUCAGCGGCGAGGCGCAGCAGACGACCGCGCAGGCGACGCAGCUGGCGCACGAGCUGCUGGAGCUGCUGGGCCCCCGGCAUCCGGUCAGCAUCCGGGCGCUGCGGCUGCAGGGCACGCUGCAGAUGCUGGAGCAGAACUCGACCGAGGCAUCGGAGACGCUGCGGCGGGCGCUGGCGGUGGCCGAGGAGGCGCUGGGGCCGGAGCACCCGGAGUCAAUGAGCCUGGUGGCGACGAUCGGCAUCCUGUACGCGCUGCACCACGGCUCCGGGUAUCUGCCGUUUGUGUCGGCCAACAGCAACGACAACAAGCUGGAGCUGUCGUCGCCGUGGCUGAAGCGGUACCUGCAGUGGGCGGAGGGGCGCAAGGGCAAGGACAGCGCGGACGUGCAGGCGAUGCUGAGCACGCUGGCGCAAUUGCAUAUGGCGCGGCAGCAGUUCACCGAGGCACAAGGGUACUACAAGCGACUGGUGGAGUCGUACCAGGCGGCGGGCAUGCCGGUGCCGGAGCUGGUGCAGAUCAACCUGCAGACGUGCGGGACCCGCACGAUGCUGAUGCAGCAGUAUUCGCCGCGGGGGGCGGGGACGACGCUGGAGGGGGUGCUGGAGGCUUUUGUACGGAAGAGAUUCUAG